GCAGUAUAAGAUGUUCCUGAUGUCAUUUCUGAAAUGGAUGUUAGACCGUAUCAAUACCGUCAAUACCGUCAUUUUCAAAGAGAGGGGGUGGGUGGGGUUGUUUCGAACCCCCUGAAGCCCCCUCUGGAUCCGCCAAUGUAAAUCACAAACGAACAUCGAUCUAUCUCUUGUAAUUUGUGAUGCAUCUAAAAUGCAUCCGGUUACAAUGUGGAUCUAUGUACUGGAUUAGAUUGGUUCAUCGAGAACGAAACUUCACGAAAAUAUAGUGUUGUUGUCCACAACAAAUUCUCUCCAAGUAACCUGUGUUGCAGUGAAAUGUUAUACUUAGUGCGGCGUUAAACAGCAACAACAGCAAUAACCACAUUGCAAUUGCCAGAAAUAUUGCUCGAAUAUUGUUAAAAGCGGCGUAAAACUAAACUCAGUUACUCACUCACUCCUAUUAGACGGUCUGUGACAAGACUGGUUUCCCGAUCCUCCGCUUGUUGUCGCUGCUGUUACUCGGCCGUCAUAGUUGAACGUGUCCCAGUGUGUUGGGGAACGAACGGGAACCAGUCUGCCUGCGAGAGAGACUUGCCUUAGACGGCCGGGUUGGUGCAGCGACACCAAACACAGCUCGGUCCCCUGGGCCUGGGUAUGAAGCGUCAGCGCCAGCAUGUAUACCAAGAAUGGCACCAAGCGGGCGAUUCCAGAAACCAAUCUACCCACACACCAGCGCAGUGAUGUGUACGGGUGAAGUACUGGUAAAGCUGGGCCCUGUCUCAAACCGCAAAAACAAGGGCAGCCGGGAACCCGCUUUACAUACGGUUCACAUGGUACUCAGGGUAGGAGAGUGGUAUCAUCCCCAAACGGCAUCAAAAUUGGCUGAAACUGCGCUCAUAUAUAGUAUCCGACUAAUAAAACUCAACCGACCACCAUACAUUUAUUUUUCAGACAAUAUUUGCCAACUCAUAACAAUAUUCAGUCGUGUGCCAGACUUUCAGAACCCCGGAUGUUUCGACGCAAGCAAGAACAGCUCCCCUGAGAGUUGGAGCCUCGAAUGUGACAUGCAGACGUGGGGCAUAAGUAUUCGUCAGUUGCCAAAAACGUACGCUGCUCGCGAAAAUCGAGGGUGGCAUUGCAAUGUCAGUGCUGCAGGAAGCUGACCGGGCACGUGACGGUUACGUCAUUUAUUGACGGCAAAACAACGAAGCUGGGCCCCGUCUCGCAUAUCGCAAGUUUGUACGCGCAAAGGGAGCCGAGAACCAGCUUAGCACACAACCAAAAUGGCACAUAGUAAUUUAAUCCAAACGAAUUCUUUUCUGCUGGGAUUUUUCUCUUUGAUUCAACAUAACAGGCAACAUUCUCCGAUUCGAACAAAUGCAUCUUUAUGGAUGGAGUUUUAAUAAACAAUUUUAAUGUAGACUCUAUCUACUAUCAAAAUGAAAUUAGCAAUAAAUCUGCAUGUGUGUAUCAAUCUUGUCUUUCUUAUUGUUGGAAAUAAUUUUAAAAAAUUCAUAAUGCGGAUACUUUUGUGCAUAUAGUAUAUCUCAAUAACGAACACUUAGCGCAACUUAAAGAGACGUUCACUUGAAUGUUAUAUGAGUAGAUCUACACGAUGUUAUGUGUGAUAUCGAUUCAAAAUAGUAUGAAGAUUUGGUGCCGUUUUACUUAGUGCCGUUUCAACGCGGUUUCAUUUUAGCCAAUAACUUCUAGUUCAGCUGGCUGAUAGUAGUAAAUGGUUUCUGUGACUGGUCGUAGUGUGCGAUUAGGACGAGCAAUGAGCGAUCAGUUAAAGAUACUUUAUCAAAGCAAAGAUGUGUUAGUUGUAGACAAAAAUGUUGAUACUAAAAUAAAUUCGAACGAUGAAUGUGCCAACGAAGUGACCGUUGCGAAACAGCUGGCAAGUAACUUCCCUCAUCUCUUAGAUAACACCAUAGAAUUCGGAUUCAGAUUUGCACAUCGUUUGGAUCAUGCAACCAGUGGUGUUCUGUGCAUCGCCUUAAAUAAAACCACUGCAGGAACUUUCCAGAAUUGUUUCAGCAAAAGGAAGAUACUGAAGCAUUAUCUGGCACUAGUACAUGGCCAUAUGGAAGACAGAUGCCUGUUUAUUGAUGUCCCUAUUGGCCGGAGCUCCAUCCAUACCGACAUCUAUAGAAUGUGUGUGUCCAGCUCCCCACACUGCGUGCAGCCUGUGAAGAGAUCCACCACUGUCGCAGUGUGUCUGGAGACUGGGCUAUACGCUGGAACAGCUGCAUCUAAACUACUGUUGAUACCUCUGACAGGUCGUACCCAUCAACUGCGUGUGCACUGCUGUCAUAUUGGUCACCGCAUCAUCGGCGACUACAUGUACAGUGACCGGACUGAUACCCAGCCACCUCGCAUGAUGUUACAUUCCUAUAGAAUCCAUGUUCCACUGAAGCCACAGCCCCUGGACGUCACUGCUCCAGACUACUUUGUGUCUGGUAUAGACCCAUCUUGGCAGGCUACCCAGGUGUAUACUACAUACGAGGCGUUUUGUGACACUUUCUAUAAUCAGGGACCAAACAAAUAUGCUCUUAAUUUCACAGACUUAAAUCCUAAGACAGUGACUGUUGAACUUGAGACAAGUUGAUCAUGGGUUCUUAGGUUACAUAAGAAAGUCUGAUAGUUAAAAAGGGUAUCACAAGCAGUGUUGAAUAUUAAGGCAUCACUGUAGUGUGUGUUGGAAGUGCACAAACUUAUCAAACACUUAAACAUUACUUCAUGCAGAGGUCACUUUCAAGUCUGCCAGCAGGAAUCAUGAGAAUGGUUCCAAAAUUAAGUUAAAAUAAAUGUUUUACAUUAA